AUGCCGAUAUGCCGCUCCCAGCAUGAGCAGCCGGCCGGCACGGCUGUAGUCGGCGUCCAGCAGCCUGUCAUUUCAAUGUCACCCUCAACGGCAGUCCCAAGCUUGGAGAGCACAUACUUUCCCGGGGCCUCCCUGCAGCUGUAUCCUCACUCGCCACUAGACUGUCCUGAAAAUGACCGGGGUUUCUACCCGAAGGACGCGUUGGUCGUGAUCCAAAUUGCAGAUCGCAUGGAUGCCUCCAUAGCUCGCCGAGUUCCUACCAUAUCCGCUAAUGUUUCCAUCGUCCUCGAUAAGCGACUUCUCUCCAGUACCCAUCGUAUCGCCCAUGUCUGGACAGCUCAUGUCCACAAUUCUUCACCCAAUGCCACCGUAUACCCAUCGAUCAUGAUCGCAAAAAUCUACGAUCCCGUUUAUUUCGGAGAGGCACAGUACUUUGAUCCCUUCAGUUUCCUCGAUUUCUUCGUCUCGCGGGAGACACAAGCAUACCAACGUCUAAAGUGGCUUUACGGGACGAAGGUUCCGCAUUUCUAUGGGAAUUUUGUAGCUCCCCUACACGCUCAGCACAGUAGAACUGUCAACAUCAUCUUGUUGGAGUACAUCCACGGCAGGGACAUCCGCGACCUCGUUCCUCGGGAAAUAUCAGGGGCGCUAUGUAGCACACACAAGGACACUCUCAUCGACGCCACCCUCCGACUUUAUUUCGACAUCUAUGCAUUGGGGAUCGCAAAGGCGCCACCAAGGGCUGCUCUACUCGACAGACGGAUGCCCAUUGCUCACCCGCGUCGCUCAGACUCUCUGCUGAAAAUUUCAGGUAUACAGAGACCUAAACUGGCACGUUCUCACGUUCCACAGGUCCUCUCUGAGACGCUGUCUCUCGCAAGGCUCUCAAAUCACUACUAUGUCUCCGCUUUCCUCAGCGUCCAUGAAACUUCCGGUAUAUUCCAGCUGCAUAUCAGGGCACCACCAGACAGGACCGAUGAGCAACUUCAUUCUGGCUUUUACAGCCCAAGCUCCCACAGCCAGCGGACGGUCGAAGGGUUGAUAGACUCCAUCUGGAAAGAGUCAAGCAUCCAACUCUCACCAACUGAACUUGCCAAGACCAACUUAGCUCUGGUGGACCAAGACGCAGAGCGAUGCAAAUUUCAACCGAUGUUGACCAAAACUCAGUCUAGGAAGGGGAGGAAAUGGAGAACCAAUGAAACGCACAGGCCUGACAAAGUGUUCACCUGAAGUAUGGUUUCGCUCUGCUCUUGUAUAUCAGCCUUUGAAGACUCGCUACAUUGCUACCUUCGCUAUCACAAGUUUUUCCAUCACAAAGCCCGCUGUAACAGUUCGAUUGUAUAUCGCUCGACAAUGUACAUAGUCGUAUGCAGUCUUGUCCAAGUCUCAGACCGAUCAAGCCAGUUAACCGAAAAUCAAAACCACGAAAGGCUGUAGCAUAUCCGGAAGGUUCGUAGGGACGCG